AUGUUUAUCGAGAAUGGUAUGUUGGCGCUCAAUGGCCUUUCGGCGGCCAUAAUUUUUGUUAAGCUUCCGUUUGCCAUUGUGAAGAUAUAUCCAGAGGAACCCGACUUGUCUUGGCUUGAGAUAAUCCAACAGCUCAUUUACAGAGUCGAAAAAUACGAUAAGGGCUCUACGGAAGGUGUGUCAAAGUACCUUCCUUCGGAGUUGCCUGUUGGUGAAGUAAUCUAUUCCUAUUAUCCAUGGGGUAUGAUAAAGAGUGACAAGAAUUCGAACAAGCAAGUCUUCUAUGAAAGCGAUGGCUUCGCAGUUCUCCCCCUUCUUGUGCGUGAUGUCAUCUCCCAAAUCAAGAGCUCGACUGAGGCGAAAAGUACUGAAGGCUGGGAAGAUGUCGUUCAACGCUCCUUCAAAAAAGCCCAAAGAAGGGUGAAGAAUGGUUUGUAUUUCGACACGGAUGGGCGGGAUGAGUCUGAAGCGGAACAGAAGAAUGCUUUGAGGUUUUCCAAAAUCUACUAUGGCUCAUUCCAGGAAGCCGCUACCCAUAAAAGGUAUCUUUACAUUCAAUCCAUUAUAUCUGUUGUUGCAUUUACUUGGCUUUCAGUUGCGCAAUAUGAGCUUGGAUUGGCUUGGACUUUGUUGUGGGUAGUCCUGAACGUUGGAUCUACGGCUACCUUUUUCACGAUGAUUUCUGACACAGAGAAUUUUAGUCUCGACAAUAGUUUCUUAAAAAACAACGACUUUGCUUACAAAUUUGGUUCGUUUUUCUGGAUUCACCUUGUUGUAAUGGCUCUGGGCUGGGUGGGAAUGUAUGCAUCUCUUGUCAUCCAGGUAGGCGAUUUCUAG